AUGGAUCUAGAUAUCAAGAAGCUAGUAAAAUCCUGCAGAGGAUGUGUUCUUGCAGCAAAGUCACCACCUAUAAAAUUUCAACUUUGGCCCAAAACCGAUAUUCCAUGGUCCAGAAUACACAUAAACUUCACAGGACCGUUAAACCAAUCAUAUUAUCUAGUAGUGGUAGAUAGCUUUACUAAAUGGCCAGAAAUGUGUAAAUGUAGCAAACCAACAUCCAUGGUAACAGUCGAAUUUCUGCAUGAACUUUUUGCUAGGUAUGGUGUCCCAGAUACCGUAGUCUCUGAUAACGAUACAAAAUUCACGGUGAAUGAAUUUAAGAAUCUUUGCAAGAUGUACUCAAUUGAACAUAUUACUACUCCACCAUAUCACCCAAGAUCUAAUGGGCAAGUGGAAAGUGGUCAGGUGAAAGGUGUGACAUUGGCCUUUGUAGAGCCUCCAAGACCAGUGAGAUUGAUGCUAUUAAUGUUACAAGAUGACAGCUGA